CCCCCCACCGCCGCAGGUGGGGCGGCCCCGCGCGGCGCGUUGGGCGGGAACGGGGCUCCCCUCAGAGCUUCGCCGCCAUGUUGGGGGCUCCCCUCGGGGACCCCGCGGCUCCGCUCAGCAGCCCCCAGGCUCCGGGCCGCGGGCCGCCCCCCGCUGCCCAUGGCUGCGGUGGACCCCCGGGUGCUGGCCGUAGCCGCCCGAGUCGCUGAGAGCAGGGAGCGGGACGUCCCGGCGCUGCUGCUGGCGUUGAAGGAAAUAUUAAAUUGCCCUUCUUUGGGACGUAAGGAAUCCGAAAAAGUUAAGCAAGACAUAUACUAUUAUGAUCUGACUCGCUACUGCUUGCUUGUCCUUAGACAAGACUACUCUCGAGUGCGUGGAGGCUGGGCUACUGCUGCCCAGCUAGCAGAGAUACUGAGUCAUUGUUGUGUAGGACUAGAGGUGAAAGAAGAUCCCGAGGAAUUUUACACAGAAUUUCUUCCUUCAGCUAUAGACAACCUGCUGUUUUUGGGAAGACGCCUGCAAGCACGAUUUAUCCGAGCAGUCAAGAGUCUUGUUCAGGACACCACAUACACAAUCACUUCUCAGAAGGAUGAAGAAAAACAAGAUUUUUUACACUGUUUCCAAACAGUAACCGAUGCCAUCUGCUGGCUGUUUGGUGGGCAUAUUCAACUAACAAAGCAUGUACUGCAAAACGAUCACUUCCUGCAGUUGCUAGUAACAGACAAUGUUGAAACAGCAGUUAUAAUGAUGUCUGUUUUACAGAGUAUUUUGGGGGUCAAUAGUUCUGUCUUGCUUCAGGUUGAUGAAGAGACCCUUCACUCUGUUUUGGAUGAGCUCGUUUAUAAGCUUUCAUCUACCACCAAUCCUGUCAUAGGGAAUGCUGCUACAAAACUGCUGUUGUUGAUAGCGAAAUUUUGCAAGCAGCUCCUGAAGUUACUCACAACUCGCUAUAAAGGAUUGAAAGUGCUUUUAAGUAAACAGUGGACUGGCAAAGGAUUUGACAGGGAUCUCAGUCAACUUUUGGACUUGCUAUACUUGGAACAAUCCAGUGGAAAAAGGGAAAUGCAGAGGCAGCGUCAAGCAGCUUGUAUAAUCCAGGCUGCGUGGAGGGGAUUUCAGACAAGAAAAAGGCUGAAGAAACUACCCCAAGCAGUGACCAUUUUACAGAGGAGCUUCAGGGCUAAACGAGAACAGGAGCGGCAUCAUUUAGAAAAACAGAAGGAAGAUGAAGCCCUAAAGCUGCAAAUGCAACUUCAGAGACAGAGGGCCAUGAGACUCUUCCAUGAAAGACAGCUGGCCUUACUGGAAAUAAUCCAUGCAAGUCAGGUAAAUAAGCACAUGCAGGAAAUGGAGGUAAAGUCAGCAUUAACUAUCCAGAGAUUCUGGAGAGGGUAUAGAGCAAGAAGAAGUUUUCAUCAGCAGAGACAAUCUCUUAAGGAGUAUAAAGCAGCUGUCAUCAUUCAGAGAGCAGCUUGCAAAUUCUUGGAAAAACAAAGAAGUAAAAGACCUCUAUCUCCUUGGAAAGAUCCCAAAGGACUGACUGAUGAGCAGAGACUGGCUUUACAGCAGAAGGUGGAUGACUACAUCAAAUUGCAUCCGGCUUCCCAAAUGUCAGAAGAAAUGAGUAAAGAAUUACAUAUGCAGGCCCAGGAAAAGCUGGCACAGUUCAUGUUGAGGAGCAAAUUGGAUCAGAGAGCAGCGCAGCGGAGAGAGACGUUACUGGCUCAGGUCAACACUGAUGUGGAGCUGCUAAUGAAUGCUCCACGGUUAGCAGAGACCACAGAAAAAGAUCUUGCUGUCUUUAUGAGUCGGUCAGUCCCUGUAGCUACCAAGGCCAAACAGUCCCACAACGCUAUGCUGAAGUAUGCUCGCUGGCCGUGGUGGAAGAAGCUUGGAGAUGAGUUUGUGGAGGAUGAUGUCAUUCCUGACGAUGCCCUGAAUGCAGAACUUGGAAGUCUGUUUAUUGGUGGAAGGAAAUCCUAUUAGCUAUUGGUGGAAGCUAAUCCAUUUACAGGCAAAAGUAUCUGUUACUCAUCCAGAUGCAUACCUUGCACUGUGCGUUCACUUGCAUGUGUUUUUAAGGAAGGAAAAUACUUGAAUUCGAAGACAAAGCACUGAAAGAGACCAAGGCCAUAUUUUAGUGCAUUUUACUAACGUUAUUGAGAAUCUUUUCCAGUGAACUUGCAAUAAAAUCCUAUUGAUUGUGCUGUUACAAAGAGGAUUUAGAUACUGUAGUUGUAAAUUAGGAUAUUUUAUAACUUACAUUGCUUUGAAAGCAAGUGUGUAACUUUUGGCUUUCGACUUAUUAUUUGAAUCACUCCAUUGUGAAAGCCUGGGCUUUUAUAGCAAAAUGUUUUAUCAGGUGAUGUGCUUCAAGAUAAAGAUGGGUUUGGAACAAACCAAGACGUCAGUAAGAAGCCAAGCAAGCACUUAAGCAGGCUGGGUGCUUCUGGCAGGGUGGAACAGCUAACUCCAGUCAGCACAAGCAAAGCUUUGUCUGAGGAACCUCCACCUCUUGCUUGGGAACAAGUGGAAAAAGCAAGGGGAUGAAAAAAAAAUUCUUAGAUCAUACGUAUUUUCCUUUAAAAACAUGCAGUUACUUCCACAGCCAGUAUGCUGCGUUGCAUCGUGGUUGCAGUCCAGACAGUUGCACGGGCUCCUAGCCUCAGCACGGCCACUUGCACCAUCAGCUUCACCUCAAACCAUGAAGACAGUGUUAAAUCCGGAAAGGUCUCCAGCACAGUCACUGUGACCUGGUCCACAGUAAAAACCUCCAGCCAGAGGCUGCUGCUUAUCGAUCUGCGUAGAAAGAAAGGAGAACACGAGGCUGCGGUAGUGCCUGCGCUAUUAAUAAAGGUAUCUAUUAGGUGAGAGACGCAGGGAGUCUUAAGAGUUAGAUGUACCAAACUGCAGAGGAAGGAAAGCACGGUGAUGUCUGCCGGUUGUAUGUGGGCAGCAGUACUACUUCAGCAUGUUUGAUUUCCAUCUUCUCUAGAAGAUUUUGUGUUUUAAUUUUGGUGAUGAAUGGAAAACAAAUAAAUAGAAAUAUUGGGCAGAAGCCCAAGGCCAUUCA